GACGGACAAAAAAUCACAGGAAACCCAAGAUGAGCAAGACAUGCUGCUCCCUUGUCUUCUUAAUCUUCUCCAUUAUUUCCUACAUUAACUCAGGCACUUCUUCAUGCCCCAUGGAUCUCAACUAUGUAGAAACCUUCCCAUGGGACACUUCACUCUGCCUAGACCCCAAUGGAAAACACUGCUGUCAAACCCUUCUCAGCCUCUUUGGUAUUGGCCUUGCCCAGCACCUCAAAAAAACUUCAAUGUUCCAAUUACCCAAUUCAAAUAUAUCAUCUUCUUGUCUCUCAAAUUUCCAAACCAGCCUUGCUGCCUUGUCUCUGGAUCCUUCUAUAGUCCCUUUGUGCUUUGAGAACUCAACCCAGUUUGUGGCUAGCCCUUCUAGCUGUGCUGGGAUUGUAACAAUCCAGGAUUGGACUAAGAAGGUGGGCCCAAUGACCCCAUUGGACACUUCUUGCAAGGGAGACUUGGAGGGGCUAACAAGAUGCAGCUCUUGUCUUGAAUCUGGCAUGGAGGUGAAUUCUCAGUUGACUAAUCUUGACUCAAAUGCCACCAAAUGCUUUUACUUCACUGUGUUAUAUGCUGCAGGGAUUGUUAAUGAGUUGGGUCCAAGUGAACCCAAAACAGCUUCUUGCAUUCUGGGCUUGCCUCUGUCUGGCUCAGCUGAUAAGCAGUCAAAUGAUCAGCUGAGUAAGAAGACUUUGCUGAAAUGGGUUUUUGGGGUCUUGGGGGCUCUGAUUGGGAUUUUGCUUGCUGUUGGGAUUAUAGUUCUGUGUAGGAAAUGGGAUAAGAAAGAGAAACAAAUUGCUCUUCAUGAAGAAUAUGUGACCAGUUUUAGAACUAGCUUUCUGCCCAAUUCAGGAGCAAAAUGGUUUGCUGUAUCAGAGCUUGAAAGAGCCACCAAUGGAUUUUCCCAGAAAAACAUGAUUGGCCAAGGUGGAUAUGGGGUUGUGUACAAAGGGACACUUUCUGAUGGCACUUUGGUUGCAGUGAAGCAUGUUCUUGAUUUGGACUCAAAAGGGGAUGAAGAGUUUUCGAAUGAGGUCGAGAUCAUAAGCAAAAUCAGGCACAGAAAUCUUCUUUCCCUCAGAGGCUGCUGUGUCACAAGUGAUGAUUUGAAAGGCAAAAGAAGGUUCUUGGUUUAUGAUCUCAUGUCAAAUGGUAAUCUCAGUGACCAAUUGUGCAGCAGGCAGGGAUUAAACUGGCCUCAGCGCAAGAGUAUAAUUCUUGAUGUUGCCAAAGGGCUUGCUUACUUGCACAAUGGGCUCAAGCCUGCCAUUUAUCAUAGAGACAUAAAACCCACAAACAUACUCUUGGAUUCAGAACUGAAAGCAAAAGUUGCAGACUUUGGGUUGGCCAAGCAAAGUUCAGAGGGCCAAUCUCACCUCACCACAAGGGUUGCAGGCACACAUGGCUAUUUGGCACCAGAAUAUGCUCUCUAUGGACAACUAACAGAGAAGAGUGAUGUUUACAGCUUUGGCAUUGUGAUUCUUGAAAUCAUGAGUGGGAGGAAAGUGCUGGACACAUCGAAUGAUUCGGGUUCAAAUCAGUCGUUCGUUUUGAUCACAGAUUGGGCAUGGAUGGUUCUGAAGUCAGGGAAGGUGGAGGAAAUUUUUGAUGAGGCAAUAAGAGAGAAUGGACCAAAGGGUGUUAUGGAGAGGUUUGUGCUUGUUGGGAUUCUUUGUGCUCAUGUUAUGGUGGCAUUUAGGCCUACAAUUUCUGAGGCCCUCAAGAUGUUAGAGGGUGACAUUGAUAUUCCCAAAUUACCAGAUAGACCAAUGCCUCUUGGUAAUGAGUCUCAUAGAUCUUCCUUUGGGUUUUCUAGAUUGUUGGCAAGUGAAAGAUCAAGACCUAGAUUUAGUAGUUCAAGCAUGAACACAACAUAACAUAGAUUUGGAACUAAUUUGGAAGGCCUAGUUUGGUGUAGUGCAAAUAAUUCUCAAAUCAAACUCCAAAGGUGGUGGUUAUGUGU